AUGUUCGAUAUCCUAGAGACAGCUCAGAGGGUGUGCCUGACAUGGCGCCGGAUCUGCAAGGACCCUAUGACUUGGCGCACCAUCCGCAUGGAGUUCGAUAUUCAACUCAGCCAACAAAAGAUCGAUGAUGAAAAUUUCACUUCCGACAAAGAAAAAGAGCAUCUGCGCAAAUUCGAUUACUUCAACGCACGUAAGAUGUGCCACCACGCCAUUCAUCUUAGCUUUGGCAAUCUCGUGGAUAUCAGCAUCAAGAACUGUGGCACAGAUGAGCUCCUUGAGCAUAUGACUGAUAGUUCAACUGGAAUCAGACGCCUGCGACUAGUAUGUUCCUAUGGCAUAUCAGAUGAGGGAUUGAUUGAAGUUGCAUCAAAACUUCCCCAGUUAGAGGAUCUUGACAUCACAUAUUGCAGAAAUCUAUCACAUAGACCAGUGGAAGUGCUUGGGCGCUCUUGCCCUCUUUUGAGAUCAUUCAAAUUAAAUAAAGAAUGGCGCAAAUAUUCAGACAACUCUUUGGAUGAGAUUAUUGAUGAUGAAGGUCGGAGGAGUAAAGAUGACGAGGCACUUGCUAUAGCAGGGACGAUGCAUGGUUUAAACCACCUGCAGCUUUUCCAGAAUCAGUUAACCAAUGAUGGGUUAAAGGCAAUUCUUGAUGGUUGUCCUCAUCUUGAGUUGCUUGAUCUUCGCUCUUGUUUCAAUCUUAAUCUGGAGGGAGAUUUGGGCAGAAGAUGCACUGAAAAAAUUAAAAGACUGUUCCUUCCGGGAGAUUUGAUUCCUGGAACUUCUACUGAUUGGCCUCCCGGAUCCACCUAA